CUCAUUCAUUCAUUGGUUCUCGGGAAAGCAAAGCAAACGGUGGUAUUAAUUUUAGCCCUGCAAUGAGAGCAACUUCACGUUUGAUAUGGAUUUUCUUCUUUUGUGAAUCAUAAAAUUGUCGUGUGUGAAACUGAAACAGAUUAGUUUUGCAAUUUGUUAGAGAAAUAGCUAGCCAACGAGGCUGAUGCGAACAGUAGUUUAAGGUUGGAUAGAAAUUCGUCAAACCCCGUGCUCCCGUUAUUAUUUGCUUUGGUACGUCAAGCGAAAAAAGUGCACAGAAAAAAAGCAGCAGCUGCUGCUUGGUUUCGCUGUCGGAUCUUUGUUUUUGGCGAGAAAAUGAACUCCCCGCCGAACGAAGUAACCAAUGGAAGUUCUCGGCUCGGUUUACUUGGGCAGAAGUUUUGAUUCGAACCAAUCGCUUUCAUAAGGACAGACGGCCGAAGAAGCAGUGUUGUGUCAGACUGAAAUCAGCAAGUGGGUGGUUUGUUGCGCUCACAUAGCGCUUUCGUGUGCUCGCUUUGUUGAGUGUUUCUUUGCUGCCUACGCUAGACGAGACGACGAUCGGACAGCAAAACAGUGGCAAAAAAAAAAGACUUGCAGAAUGAAGUGAUUUCGCACUGGAUACAAGAAGAUCACAAUCGCUACACGCCUGAGAAGGGUUCGUAAGCGAAGAUUCAGUACAGUUCUACCUCGACUCGAGCAUAAAAAACCAGAACAAGCGAAAGCAUGAGUUCGGCCGUGGUAACCCGUCGGGGCGCCCAGAAGUCCAAAAUCACAACCAGAGCCCAGUUGGCAGCUGUCGAAGCGGCGGAAGCCGAGCGCAAAGUUAAACUCUACGGACGGAAGCCAUCCACCAGCCUAGCGGAGGCGAAAAAACGGGGCAAGCAGAAAAUAAUGUCCACGCAAGCAGUAAAUCUCGGUCCAGACGGCCAGCCAGUGACCGGACAGAAUGGGGUCCAGCUGAAGGAUAUCUACGGUAAUGCUAUAACCGCAGGGGAGCUCAUUCGCGGUGACACCGGGCUUGUUUACGAUGAAAAAUUCGCCGAGCAUCGGUGUCUCUGGGACGAUGGCUAUCCCGAGUGCCCGGAGCGGUUUACCCGGGUGCUGGAGCGAUGCCGGGAGCUUGAACUGGUGGAUAGAUGUAAGCUGAUCGAGCCACGGAUGGCGAGCGAGUCGGAAAUAUUGUCCAAACACACCCCGGACCAGGUGGAGAAACUGAAGGCAACCAGCGGGAACGCAAAUGUGGAUGCUCUCGAGGAACUCAGCUCGCAUUACGACGCAGUAUUCAUCCAUCCGUCUUCCUACGAAUGUUCGCUGUUGUCAGCGGGCAGUACCAUCGAGCUGGUUGACGCAAUAGUUGCCGGCCGGGUGCAGAACGGGAUGGCCAUUGUCAGACCACCCGGACACCAUGCGAUGAAGGCCGAGUAUAAUGGGUAUUGUUUCUUCAAUAACGUUGCAAUUGCGGCUCAACAUGCACUCGACAAACUGGGCCUCAAGAGGAUUCUGAUUGUGGACUGGGAUGUCCACCAUGGUCAGGGAACGCAGCGAAUGUUUUACGACGAUCCACGCGUGUUGUAUUUCUCAAUUCAUCGGUACGAAUGCGGGACGUUUUGGCCGAAUCUGCGAGAAUCUGACUUCGACUGCAUCGGAGAGGGAGCGGGACUCGGUUACAAUUUCAACGUGCCUUUGAAUCGAAUUGGGAUGACCAACGGAGAUUAUCUGGCCAUUUGGCAGCAGAUUUUGCUGCCCGUCGCGAUGGAGUUCAAUCCUGAGCUCGUUAUAAUUUCGGCUGGUUAUGAUUCUGCGUUAGGAGAUGAGAAGGGUCAAAUGGAGCUCACGCCGGCUUUCUAUCCGCAUCUACUCUCCCCGCUGAUGUCUCUUGCCCAAGGUCGUCUAGCUGUGGUGCUGGAAGGCGGCUACUGCCUCUCAUCGUUGGCCGAGGGCGGUGCAUUGACUCUGCGAACCCUUUUGGGGGACCCUUGUCCUCUGCUGGUGGAAAAAAUUCAACCAGCCUGUGAAAGCAUGCAGCAGACCGUCCUCAACUGUAUCCAUUCCCAUCGACCGCACUGGAAAAAUCUCCAACUCAACGACACAUACGGGCUGGAGGAGCUUAACAACAUCAAUCCGCAGCCAAACUUCCACCAAGUGAUUCAGUACUACGUCCAACCGGAUCCACAGCCGGAACCAGUGCGUUACCCGACCCGUAACUGCUAUCCAGUACAAAGCACUGCGGAAAAGAGUGCCAUCGAGGAGCGGCUAGCGAUGCUUAAAAUCGCCACCAGGCUCGGUUUCCCGUCAACUCGGGUUUGCUAUGUUUAUGACGAUGUGAUGCUCGAGCACUGCAAUCUGCACGAGGGAUCGCACCCGGAGCAGCCGCUACGUAUCGCCAAAAUCUUCUCCCGACACGAAGAGUACAAACUGCUGGGGAGAAUGAAACGACUUCAACCGCGUCACGCCACCACGGAUGAACUGUGCCUUGUACACUCCCGCCAGAACGUGAAUGUUGUCAGGAGAACGGUGGAACGGGACGAGAUGAAACAGGUGGCGGAUAAGUUCAACUCGGUGUACUUCCAUCCGAAGACGUUCGAGUGCGCCACGCUGGCUGCUGGUUCGGUGCUGCAGGUUGUCGACGAAGUGUUGAACGGGCAGUCCCAGAGUGGGGUUUGCAUCGUACGCCCCCCGGGACACCAUGCGGAAUCCGAUAUGCCUCAUGGGUUCUGUAUAUUCAACAAUGUGGCGAUCGCAGCACAGUACGCGAUUCGAGAUCACGGACUAAAGCGGGUACUGAUUGUGGAUUGGGACGUACAUCACGGCAAUGGGACGCAACACAUCUUCGAGAGCAGUCCCAAUGUUUUGUAUGUAUCGGUGCACCGUUACGAUAACGCGACCUUCUUCCCGAAGAGUAAGGACGCGGACUUCGAUGUGGUGGGAAGUGGCGCUGGGGAAGGUUUCAAUGUUAACAUUCCGUGGAACAAGAAGGGCAUGGGCGAUCAGGAAUACGCGGCCGUUUUCCAGCAGAUCAUCCUGCCAAUCGCCUACGAGUUUGAUCCGGAGCUUGUCUUGAUUUCGGCCGGAUUUGACGCUGCGAUUGGCGACCCUCUUGGUGGGUGUAAGGUCACCCCUGAAGCCUAUGGGUACUUCACCCAGUGGCUUUCGUCGCUAGCUAAUGGCCGUGUGAUAGUGUGCCUCGAAGGUGGCUAUAACGUAAACUCGAUUUCAUACGCGAUGACCCUCUGCACGAAGGCCCUACUUGUUGACCCACUUCCGAUGUUACAGUUGAGUGGUCGGUACGGUGGCCCACAAUCAGCGUGUGUGGAAACCCUUAGGAAUGUUCUAACGGUUCAGGAGAAAUAUUGGAAGACUCUGCGAUUCAACAAGAAGCUUCCAGACUUCAGACAACCUCCAAGCGGCGAACCGGAAUUGGAUUCUGCCUUCAGCAGAUUGCAGCUGUCAUCUGGUGUUUCGUCAUCCGCUUAUUCUGGAUCAUCUUCGGCUUCUUCGCCUGCGAAAGACGAGAGUUGCAACAUCGGGAUGCCCUCCGAUGGCGAUGAACAGUCUGGACAGUGCAGAAAAAGGAAGAAUUGUGUCGAUGAACCACAAGCCGGUGGAAGCCGUUCCACUGGAACAAGUGCAGGAGAAGCGAAGAAGGAGACACUUCAUGAUUUUUUGGCGGCUAAUUUGGAGGCCCUCCAAAACGAAGAGAUGUUUGCAGUUGUUCCGCUUAAGGAUUGUCCCCACCUGAAAGAGCUUAACCCCGACAACCUCCCUGAUAAAAUAAGUACAAAAGCCCCUUGUGCCGCUUGUGACUCAGCCGUGGAGAACUGGGUCUGCCUGCUGUGCUUCCGGGUGUGCUGUGGUCGAUACAUCAACGAACACGCGCUGAUCCAUAGCGUCGAGGCGGACCACCCGCUGGCGCUCAGCUUCAGUGACAUUUCGGUGUGGUGCUACAAGUGCGAGUCCUACGUGGACAAUCCGGUGCUGCAUGGGUACAAAAAUCUCGUACAUCAGGACAAGUUCGGCGGCGAGCAGCUGGUUUGGUCGUACGGUAGCGAUCUUAUUCUGGAUGUGCAGCAGCCUGCCGCCAACAAUGGUGCGAAGACGAAGAAAUGAUAUCUGCUGUGGAGCACGAUCAUCAUCCGGGUGCUGAUUCUAUACUUGACCAACUAUGUGGUGACUGCCUAUUUCAAGUAAGAGCGGUUUUUCAAUUUUUCAUUCUGUUUUAACAUGUAUCUUGUAGAGCGAUAUUUAUUGUUGUUAAACCUUUUUCGGCGUCUAGUCGAAGAGUGCUGAUUUUUUCGAUCACAAGUAUUAUAUAAAAAUAUACUGAUUUUUAUCGCUAACUUAUCCUGCUAGGAAAGGUUUAAGCAUGUUCUAAAGAUUUUAACGCGUGGGUCUCGAUUAUCCAAAAAUAUUAAUCCUAGCUCUAUAGACCACUAUUUAUAACAAUGGUUAAAUUUAGCACGUAGAAACAUUUGAAAGACGAAUGCUAACCAAAGAAAUACACAAUUAUUCGACAGUAAAAUAUCCCAUGUGUGAACAAAAAGGGGAUUGAAUAUCGAAUUAGGGAAACUGACUGUUUCCCUAACGAAUGUUACAAUAAUACAAAUCUAACGUUAAAUGGAAUAUUUAAACCUCAUAGAAUGUAACCUCAGAAAACUACGAAAAUGGUCCGUUCUUUUCGCUAAUUUCAAUGUAAUGUACAUCAGAUGCUAAGCAUAGCGCUCGCCGAUGGUGCUAUCAAGAGAAAUACACGAGAAACAAACAUCACAAUGCAACAGGAA